AUGGGUAACGGUGCCAAGGCUCAACAGAAGCGCGAGCGCGCUGCUAAGGACAAGAACACUGCCAAGUCUCAGCUCAAGGUGAACGAAAAGGCUUGCGACAUUCAGUGCCAGAUCUGCAAAUCUACCUUCCUCAAGACCACAAAGGCCCCUGCUCUGAAAGAGCACGCCGAGAACAAGCACAGCAAGACCAUUGCCGACUGCUUCCCUACCUACCAGGAGUAAAUCGACCACGCUGGAGAGCCGCUUUGACCUGAGACAAUGAUAACGAGAAAAGGAACCGGGAUAAAGAGGAAGAGAGAAGAAAAAGAAAAGUGAAAAUGGAAAGCAUUUAGCGAAGCGAGGCGUACUGUGGCGUGAUGGCCCUGCACGAGAACAUGGGGAGAUGAGACAAGUUUAGAUGACUGGCAGGGACUCAUGAUAACUUUAUACAGUUCUUUUUUUAC